GCCACCACCGUGGUGUCACCGGCACCUUCUGGCCCUGGUGGCCUCGUUGGGCUCCUUGGGGGCCGUGGCCACCACCGUGGUGUCACCGGCACCUUCUGGCCCUGGUGGCCUCGUUGGGCUCCUUGGGGGCCGUGGCCACCACCGUGGUGUCACCGGCACCUUCUGGCCCUGGUGGCCUCGUUGGGCUCCUUGGGGGCCGUGGCCACCACCGUGGUGUCACCGGCACCUUCUGGCCCUGGUGGCCUCGUUGGGCUCCUUGGGGGCCGUGGCCACCACCGUGGUGUCACCGGCACCUUCUGGCCCUGGUGGCCUCGUUGGGCUCCUUGGGGGCCGUGGCCACCACCGUGGUGUCACCGGCACCUUCUGGCCCUGGUGGCCUCGUUGGGCUCCUUGGGGGCCGUGGCCACCACCGUGGUGUCACCGGCACCUUCUGGCCCUGGUGGCCUCGUUGGGCUCCUUGGGGGCCGUGGCCACCACCGUGGUGUCACCGGCACCUUCUGGCCCUGGUGGCCUCGUUGGGCUCCUUGGGGGCCGUGGCCACCACCAUGGUGUCACCGGCACCUUCUGGCCCAACAGAGAGUUGGUUGGCCCUGGUGGCCUCGUGGGGCUCCUUGGGGGCCGUGGCGUCACCGGCACCUUCUGGCCCAACAGAGAGUCGACUGGCCCCGGUGGCCUCGUUGGGCUCCUUGGGGGCCAUGGCCCCCACUGUGGGGUCACCGGCACCUUCUGGCCCAACAGAGAGUCGGUUGGCCCUGGUGGCCUCGUUGGGCUCCUUGGGGGCCGUGACAGCGGUGGGUUUGGUGGCCGCCGGGGGUUACUACCUGAAGACCACGGCGUGUAAGAAGGGGGAGUACAACGUGCGCGACGCCGAAGGGUCUUCCGAAGCCACCUGUCUCCACCGGCACCGCCACCCCGACGUCUUCGGCAUCCAGCUCACCCAGCCCUGAACUGGG